AUGAUUGGACUGGUGAACGGGUUGGAUCCGCCCACGCGAAAGCGCCCGCCCGACCGACCGCCCGCCCGCCCGCCAGCCUGCCUGCCCGCGUGUCCUGCGGCGAAACCCGUCGUCGACGACGAGAGGAGAGAUCGGAGCAGUCGGGGACAGGAAAGAAAGCAGCGAAAUCUGCCGAUCGAGUCCGUUGCUCUUAUUUCGGUCGUGUGUUGCUCUGCCUUCACCUACCUUGACAAAGUGAACUUACCCCCGCCCCCUCUCGCCCCCACCAUCGCCCCGCCUCCGCCCCCGCUAACACAAGAGGGCGCAACGGCCUUGCACCAGCGAGGCGCGGAAGAGGCGCUCUUGUGCCAACCCGCAUGGCCGCAACGUCCCCCCCAUGCCCCCGCCCCCUCGCCUCCCACCACUCUCCGCCCCAGCUCCGCCCCCACGCCCGCCGCGCGGCACGCGUUUCCGCGCCGGACACCUUUACUGCAGCGCUUUUCUCCUGGGCGGGAAAGGGCGGGAGGGGGGCGCGCCGCAGCGGCAGGAAACACAAAACCGCGGACGCUCAACCCAGGUGGCCGCUGUAUCCAUAGCCCUCCAAGCCGCCGCCCCUCCGUAGCCACCGAAGCCGCCGUAGCCGUGGCCGUCGACCUUGACUGGCACGCCCACCGGCACCUUCACUGGGUAGGCGACGGGUUUCUCCACGGGGUAGGGCACGGGCUUCUCCACGGGCACCUUAACGGGGUAAGGCACGGGCUUCUCGACGGGGUACGGCACGGGCUUCUCCACCGGGUACGGCACCGGCUUGGGCACGUGGACGGGGUAGGGCCUGUCGACGGGCACCUUCACGGGGUAGGGCACGGGCUUCUCGACUGGGUAGGGCACGGGCUUCUCAACGGGGUAAGGCACGUGCUUCUCGACGGGCACGGGGUAAGGUUUGAGGACGGGCACGGCCACGGGACGGUCGUAGGGGACCUUGACUGGGUAAGGCACUGGCUUCUCGACGGGGUAGGGCACGGGUUUCUCCACGGGGACGGGGUAGGGCUUGGGCACAUGCACGGGCACCGGCCUGUCAACAGGCACCUUGACGUGGACAGGGUACGGGCGAUCUACAGGCACGGCGUACGGGACCUUGACGUGCACGGGGUAAGGUUGGGGGACGGGAACCUUAACUUCCACGGGGUAGGGGGCGGGGACCUUCUUUUCGACCACGACGGGGUAGGGCUUAGGGACGUAGACGUGAUAGGGCUGCGGGACGGGUACCUUCACGUGGACAGGGUAGGGGACCUUCUUCUCCACGUGGACGGGCACGGCGUAGGGGCGGUCCACUGGCACCUUGACGGGCACCGGGUAGGGCUUCUCGACGGUGACUGGGUAGGGCUUCUCCACGGGCACGUGCACCGGGUAUGGGCGGUCGACGGGCACCUUGACGGGGUAGGGCACGGGCUUCUCGACGGGGUAGGGCACGUGCUUCUCGACGGGCACGUGGACGGGGUAGGGCUGCGGCACCGGGAUGCCGACCUUGUGGGUGACGGAGACUGUCUUGACUCCCCGCCCCGCCCAAGUCCCCGCCCCGAGGUCGAAGAGCCCGCGCUUGGUGGGCUUGCCCUUGCCGCCGUCGGCGUUCGACGCGUCCUCCGCCGCCGCCGCCACCGACGCCUCCGCUGCCGGAGACGCCUCCGCCGCCGGCGGCGCCGCCGCCGCAGCCUGCUCCUCCGCUGCCGCCGCCGCUGCUGCCAGCAGCAGCGCUAG